AUGAUUCUGCAACCAAUAAGAUUGGCAUCCCAUGCAUCACUCGGCCUUUUGCUCAAUGACAAUCCUUGUCCAUCUACCAGCAGCUUGUGUUGGGGACAAAGGGUGAUUGACAUUCGGGUGCAGGAGGAUCGCAAAGUGUGCCACGGAGUCCUCGUUACAUACAGCAUCGAUGUUGUCAUCAAAGAUGUCAAGAAGUUCUUAUCAGAAACUCAGUCCGAGAUCAUCAUCCUCGAGGUUAGAACCGAGUUUGGGCACGAGGAUCCUCCGGAAUUCAACAAGUACCUUGAGGAACAACUGGGGGAUUACCUAGUUCCCCAUGAUGAAAAUGUUUUUGAAAAGACCAUCGCAGAAGUGCUACCAAAGAGAGUUAUAUGUGUUUGGAAGCCAAUAAAAUCACCACAGCCUAAGACAGGGAGUCCUCUGUGGAGUGCAGGGUACUUGAGGGAUAAUUGGAUCAACACUGAUUUGCCAUCAACCAAGUUUGAGAGCAACAUGAAGCAUUUGAGUGAGCAGCAACCUGUUACUUCCAGAAAAUACUUUUACAGGGUGGAGAACAUCGUUACGCCUGUGGCGGAUAACCCUGUUCUGUGUGUGAAGCCUGUCACUGAGCGAACUCAUGGCUUUGCAAGACUCUUCAUGAGUCAGUGCUUCUCCAAAGGGUAUGCAGAUAGACUGCAGAUUUUUUCUACGGAUUUCAUUGACCAGGAUUUCGUUGAUGCAUGUGUUGGACUCACAUGUGCCAGGGUUGAGGGUAGAGCCUGA